AUGGCUAUAUGUGAUGCUAAUUCAAGUUUCAUCUAUGUAGAUGUUGGUGUCAAUGGACGGGUGUCUGACGGAGGUGUGUGGGUGAACACCAGUAUCAGUCAGCGUAUUGUCAAUCACUCUGCCGCCGGAUUGCCAGAGGAUACCAAGCUACCUGGGAGCGAUAAAACUUUGCCAUUUGUCUUUUUGGCAGACGACGCUUUUCCUUUGCAACGUCAUAUAAUGAAGCCAUAUCCAUACCAGGAACAAACUACAAGCGAACGGAUAUUUUCGUAUCGACUUUCCAGAGGACGACGUACCGUGGAAAAUGGAUUUGGAAUGCUUGCAAAUAGAUUCCGAGUGUUCUUUGCACCAAUCAAUUUAGCCCCGGAAAAAGUUGGCAUAAUGGUACUCGCAUGUACUGCUCUCCACAACUUUUUACGGAAAGAUGAAAUAAACCAGUAUUCACAACCCGAGGUGGUGCUUGGAAACCGAGAGUGUCUCUGA